AUGGCAUGCAACGACACUCCCAUAGACAGUGAUGUUGCUCUCAAUGAGAGUACCCCAUCCAUAGGCUCCAGUUACACAGCUCUGCCUGCCCCACUCAGGAUAUUGUUGGUAAUAAUAAUGGUCUUCAUGAUUGCCGUUGGAUUUUUUGGUAAUGCCAUUGUCUGCCUCAUUGUCUACCAGAAGCCAGCCAUGCGUUCAGCCAUCAACCUGCUGCUAGCAACUUUGGCCUUUUCUGACAUCAUGCUGUCUUUGUUCUGCAUGCCUUUUACCGCAGUUACAAUUAUUACAGUGAACUGGAACUUCGGGGCUCACUUCUGUCGGAUAUCAGCUAUGCUCUAUUGGUUAUUUGUCUUGGAAGGAGUCUCUAUACUCUUGAUCAUUAGCGUGGACCGUUUCUUAAUUAUCGUUCAACGGCAAGACAAGCUGAACCCUUACCGUGCCAAAGUCAUCAUCGCCAUGUCCUGGGCAUUGUCCUUCUGCAUUUCCUUUCCUUCAGUGAUUGGAUGGACAUUUGUGGAAGUACCAGCCCGGGCUCCCCAAUGUGUUCUGGGGUACACUGAAUUUCCUGCUGACAGAGCUUAUGUCGUGAUGCUAGUUGUGGCAAUUUUCUUCAUCCCUUUCAGUAUCAUGCUGUAUUCUUACCUUUGCAUUCUAAAUACCGUGCGGCGCAAUGCCCUUAGGAUCCACAACCAUGCUGAGAGCCUUUGCUUGAGCCAGGUGAGCAAACUGGGCCUCAUGGGACUACAGAAGCCUCAGCAGAUGAAUGUGGACAUGAGCUUCAAAACCAGAGCCUUCACUACAAUUCUCAUUCUAUUCAUUGGCUUUUCACUCUGCUGGCUUCCACACACUGUGUUCAGCUUGCUCUCUGUGUUUAGCAGACAGUUCUACUACAGCCCUUCUUUCUACAUCACCAGCACCUACAUCCUGUGGCUGAGUUACCUCAAGUCAGUGUUUAACCCUGUCGUCUACUGUUGGAGAAUCAAGAAAUUCCGUGAGGCCUGCAUGGAAUUCGUGCCUAAAACAUUCAAGAUCCUCCCUAAAGUGCCUGGACGAACAAAGAGGAGAAUACAGCCAAGUACAAUAUACAUCUGUAGUGAGACCCAGUCAGCUGUUUAG